UUUUUUAUCAUAUGCCGCAUGAUGUGUUGGAAAGAGUUGUGGAACUCGAAUAAAAUGUAACUGACUAUGGUUCCGGUUUUAGGAAUAAUUUCACUUGUUUUAUUAUUUGAUACAUGCAGUACGUACCACUGGAUAAAAUACACACAAGUAGAUGCGUCCACGCAUGGCGAUGAAGGUAUUUUGGACGCUUUACUGCGAAUAAGACGAAACAAAUAUGAAUCGGGACCUUUGUAUGUUAACACGUGGCAAAAUGAAGGAGACCCUGAAAGAGUUACGAGAUCAACUUCAAGUCAGCAUUCGUUUGUGCAGGAUGUGCAAGACGAUGGAUAUCAUCAUGGUUCUGCAAAUGAAGUUGAUAUAAAUAGAUCUGUUAGAUCAAUAAAAACUAAGCAAGGCAAAGUUGUGAAAUCUCAUCAUGCUUUUCCACAAAUGACUAAACAGAAAUUGUUUAGAGAUAAACAAGGAAACGUUGUGAUAUCUCAUCAUGCUUUGCCACCAGUACAUGGAAUUCCACCAGUUAAAAAGGAUAAAACAAUGGUACCUACAUCAAGUCAACAGCAUUUAUUUAAAGAUAAGCAAGGCAAUGUUGUUAUAUCCCAUCAUGCUUUGCCACCAGUUAAAAAGGAUAAAACAAUGGUACCUACAUCAAGUCAACAGCAUUUAUUUAAAGAUAAGCAAGGCAAUGUUGUUAUAUCCCAUCAUGCUUUGCCACCAGUUAAAAAAGAUAAAACAAUGGUACCUACAUCAAGUCAACAACAUUUAUUCAAAGAUAAGCAAGGCAAUGUUGUUAUAUCCCAUCAUGCCUUGCCACCAGUUAAAAAGGAUAAAACGAAAAACGAUAGUGUAGAUCCAUUUGGCGAUAAAAGAAAUUUAGUCCAAUUUCGUGACAGUGCUGGUAAAGUGAUAGCUACGUUACGCGACUCUCGUAAUUUUAACGACGCUAACGUUACUCUGUCGAAAGAUGAUGACGCAAAAAGAUAUUCAGAAAUGUUUCGUGGAUUAAAUGUCGCAAAGAAAAUGAACUUGGGUGGAAAGCGAACAGAUGUCAAAUCAUCGCAAGCAACAAAGGAAAAUGGAAAGAUAAUGGAAAUCAAAGGUAUCGAACCUAACGCAGUUGACAAUCAUCGUCAGAUAAAAAAUAAAAAUGGUACCAUAGCUGCGAUAGAAAAUAAAAAUCAUGCUGACAUAGAUGAGAAAACUGCUGAGUCAAAACACGAAGAUCAAGGUAGUGGACUGGAACUAGUUGCAGAUCACGUGCACACUGCUGUUGUGGAAGAUAAACCAAUCAGUCUUAACUUUGAUCCAGACUCCGUCACUGAAGCAACUAAAGUACCAAUUGACUGGAAGGAAUUACUCCAUGCUGAUGAUAUAGCUGACAAUGUCCAUUUCAAAACCGAAAAAUUGUCAACACACCCUAAAUGUGACGACCAAGAAAAAGCGCCAGAACCAGGUCCAAAUGCACACUCUCACGAAGAACAGAAAAAAGGUAAUAUACUACCUUUUAAAAAAGGAACAAAUGAACACGACAACCACAAACCAGUGGAGUAUUUGAAGAAGCAUGUUAUUGAUAAAACGGAUGUCCACACGGGCAAUGGCCAAACAGCUGAUAUAAGCAAACGAGAAGUAUCUGACUUAGCUGAGUUAAUGGAUGAUGCAAUUGAAUUUUACGAUGAAUUAGAUCAGCUUGAUGAAAUUGAAGAAGACACGAACGCUAAACCAGUUACAUCGCCUCGAAGAGUUAAAGCUCAUAAUUUAAACGAGAAAAGAAACAAAAUUCCCGUUCCUGAUGUUAAAAACAAUUCUUCGUUUAUGAGAAAAAAGAAGGAAUCAAUUCCUAAACACAAAAAAAUUAUUUCACUCAAAAAGAAAGAUGAGAUUAAUGGCACGCCAAGUUCUUUUCUUCGACAUCUACAUUACAACGAAAACAACGAACUUCAAGGCAGCAAAAAGUCGUUAGGACCUUACGACGACGAUGAAUAUCCUGCCGAUACACAAACGUCGUACGAUGAUGACGUUUAUGUGUCGGAUGGUCGGAGUUUAGUUACAAAAGAUUCUGAACCCAUGUAUGAUGAUACGUAUGGAACAAGAUCGGAGAGUUUAACAAAGAAAAACAGCACUGCGGAGGAGGAAGACAUGGACUCGAAAGAAAAUGAUUUGUCAUCCGACGAGAGUUACGACCAAUCCGAUUUGUUAAGUCAAGUCGAACAUUCUGCUAAAAAAGACGUGAAUGAUCACCCGGACCUUUCGGAUUAUGUUAUCCAAAAUCCGAAAAAACCGGUGAACACAGAUGAGAACUUUAAAUUUGAUACUGAGAAUAUGUAUUUAACGGAUAAUCAGCCCACAAAAAAAUCAGACACGGAGGAGAUCCAAGAAAUAUCGGACACUUUAGAGGAUCCAGACCCUCGAAUUCAUAACAAACAUAAAGUCAAGUUAACAUCUUUACUCCCAACGGCAGAUUCACAGGCAACAAGUCAAAGCAUAUAUCCGGCUGUCAAAGGAGACGCCAUAUUGAUACCGAAUAAAUAUGACAAAAUACACGAAACGGCUGCCAAAAUGGUGCAAACGCUUGAACAAAUUACAGAACGACACAACAAAGCAAACACUACUUCCGAAAACAAAGUGGAUAAUUCUUCAAAACCUGCCCUUUCCAAUGUACUAAGCACAACACAGCCGAAAGAUGAAACAAAUCUAAGCGGUAGUAAAAAUAUUACAACUCUACGUAAUGAACCAACGGAACCGAUCAAAGGUCCUCCAGAUGUCGACGAUCUUUUGGACGCAAAAUACGCGGGAGAUAAAAAGCUAAAGGAGUACGAAGAAGAAAUAGCAAAACUUUCGCAGCAAAACCAAAUCGAAAACCAGACAACAAACCUUAAAGAGAAUGAUUCAAAGCAUUUGAAAGAGGAGAUGCUAAACAAAGGCUCACACAACUCAGUUCCAGAAGUAAAACUUCUUGACCAAAGUUCAAGCCCAAUGCCUGAUCAUGAUAAUUUGUCUGCUAAACUGGAACAAAAUUCAGUAAGUUCUUCUCCCAAACUGGCACAAAAUCCACUCAGUUCGUCUUCUAAACUGGAACAAAAUCCACUCAGUUCGUCUCCCAAACUAGAGCAAGAUGUGCUAUCUUCUAAAGCUGACAAAGAUGCACAAAACAUUUUUCCAAAACCUAACUUGGAAGUACAGAAUCCUACAAUACAACCAACCAGACCACAUCGCAUAAAUAUUAAUCUACAUAUUAGACCAGCAGAUGCUAUGCUAAGUGAUAACAUUAACAAACAAGCAGAAGACGUUAUCGUAGACCAAAAUUUACGACAGCCUGGAAACUCUGAACAAAUUGGAGUCCAUUUAAUAGGAAAUAACGACGAAGUUGGUCCAAAAGCAAUCAACAAUGUACAGCCAGAUAAACAAGUUGUAACGAUAACACCAGAUCUGUUAAAAGAAAGUUUAAAGAAUGCGUUUCGAGAUUUUGCAAAAGAAAUUAAAUCCGAAACACAAGCACAGCUAAAAGAGGAUAAAAAUGUUAAAAUUACGAACCAGAAAUCUGAUAGUCCGGAUCAAAAAUCUGAAAGUACAGACCAAAAGUCUAACGCUACGGAUCAGACAGGAUUAAAUUCCGGUCCAAAACUUUUUAGUGGAACUUCAGCUCCAUAUGAAGGGACGUGGCAGGGACUCAAUCCUUCUCCAUACCUGUCUAGUGGUAGCAACCUCUUACCCAUGACUUUUUUGCCUGUAAACACAAAUUCCUACAGUCCUACAAUCAGUAACAAGGAAAGCCCCUCGUCAACGCCAGCGUAUCUAGGAGAAAUUCAAGCGCCUUCAUACUCACCUUUGAAUGAGGUUAAUCCUACGCAAUCCGGGAUGCUGGAUCGGAAAGAAUACGUUAACAAACCAUUGCCUACUAAUGCCGUUGUAACAAAAGACGCGAUAGUUAGUCAAUAUCAACAGCAAAACACAGGCAACUCGGACGUUGGGCAGGUAAAUUUUGAUUUUGGGCAGGCCACAGGAUUUAUGCAAUCAGCGCCUUAUGAUGUAUCAUCUUCGUUUAACAAUUUACAAUCAAAUUUGGUACCUUCAAGCUCAAGUUUGCAAGCAAGAGAAGCAAAUGUUGGCUCAACUUCCGAGGAAAAUUCCGAACGACGUCAAGGCGCAACAAUGCCGUCAACGAUGUCGUCAUUUUCAAACAGUGGAGUUGAUCCAUGUAACCCAAUGCCUCAAUGUCAACAAAAUAUGAUGCCUAUUGGAAACCCUCAACCAGUCUUACAAACGUCUUCACCUUAUCCGGCAAGUUCGUUUAUUCUGCAAAAUCCUCAACCAGUGGUUACAAUGCCCCAACAGACUCAAGUGCUUUCUCCAACAGUACAACAAAUGCAACCGGGCCCUAUUGUGCAGCAACAACCAGCCCCUAUCGUGCAACAACAGCCAACCCCUAUUGUGCAACAACAACCAACCCAGAUUGUGCAGCAACAACCAACCCAGAUUGUGCAGCAACAACCAGCGCAGAUUGUGCAGCAACAGCCAGCCGCUAUUAUGCAACAACAAGCAGCCCAGGUUUUGCCAGCCACACAAGCUCCAAUACAGUUACCAAUGCAACCUGUGCAGAAUAACUGUUUUGGUGAGUCAUGUCAGUCAAAUAGCUUUCCCCAAAACUGUCCAAAUCCUCCAUGUUUUGCCAAUGCAUGUCCGAACCCACCAUGUUUUUCUGAUGGAGGAAACAACGAAUUUAAAGUAAGCGAUGUUAGAGUUAGCAUGGAAUGUUUAUGUCCAGAUGGUAGUAAUACGUGCCCAUGUGGACAAAACUUGCAAAAUUCUUGUUCUAGCCCACCCUGCCCAUCCCAAUCUUGCCCAAAUCCACCUUGUGCACCUCAAUCCUGCCCAAACCCGCCUUGCUUUCCGAAUUCUCCUCAGCAAGAAACUUAUACUGGUUCUUGCACGCAACCGCCCUGUCACUGCAAGAAGCCACCAUGUAUAAUCAAGGCAAAAACUGAGCCUGUUACUAUAGUAAAACAAGCUGCCGCUCCUCCUCCACAAACCGUCAUCAUUAAGAAGCCUCGUAAAAAGAUAAUUGUAAAACAAGAGGAAUCACCACCGGAAAUAAUUUAUGCUGCCCCUCCUAGAAGAAAGAAAAAAAUUGUGUACGUCAGACCACCGCCACCUCCGCCAGAGGAGACAAUCGUAAUGGAGGCACCGCCACCCGUUGUUGAAAAGAAAGUAGUAUACGCAGCACCUGCAAGACAAAGGGUUAAAGUUGUUGCAGAAGAGCCAGUGGAAAGAAUCAGGCCAGAAGUUUUUGUUGAAAGACCAAUGAAAAUUCAACGUACAGCUCCAGUUAUUGAGCGUAUGCCACCCGUGAUUCAACGAUCACCUACUAUAAUCGAACAACCAACAAUUGUCCAGACACCAGAAGUUGUUGCUGCCCCUCCUCCACCGACACUAGUUGCCGCCCCUCCUCCACCGACUCUAGUUGCCGCCCCUCCUCCACCGGCUCUAGUUGCCGCCCCUCCUCCACCAGCUCUAGUUGCCGCCCCUCCUCCACCGGCUCUAGUUGCCGCCCCUCCUCCACCAGCUCUAGUUGCCGCACCUCCACCAACCCUAGUUGCUGCUCCGCCAGUCGUGGCUUCACCUCCUACAGUAAUAGCUCAAGCCCCUGAAAUUGUUGCUGGGCGUACAACCUCAAUAGCUCAACCACCAGCGAUUUCUCCUUCUGUUGUAGCACCACCUCCUGCAGUAAUUGGUUCAUCUCCCUCCUUAAUUUCAUCACAAAAUGUUAUUCAAGAAAAGCCUACGCUUAUCGAUCAAGUCCAAAAAAACAAAAUCUUGAAAACAGUUUCUAAUCCUGUUCCGGUUGUCUCAGGGGUGGUACCUGGAGGGAUCACGCAAACCGUGGCUUCAGUAUUUCCCAAUCAAAAUGAUUGCAAUGACCGGAUCAACGUUCGUAGCACACAAUGUAUUGAACGUGGUUUUGAUUUUACAACAGAAGCAAACAAAAUUAAAUCAAUGAACUUUGCUAAAAGCUCAGAUAAUAUUGAAAGAUUGGUAAAGGGUAUUUCCCGACGUGCCCAUCAGACUGGAGGAGUUGUUAACUCGGAUUUAGAGGAAAAAAUAUCAGAUUAUGUUGCCGAAGCAAUUGUUGAUGCAAAAAGAUCCAGAGACAAGAAAAGGUUAUCUGUGAACCAAAGAAAAAACGUUCUUCAGAAAAAGCAUUUGGACGAAGCUCGCGGCUCCUUACGACACAAGAUAACUCCUACUCCAUUUAUUAGUCAACAAUUUAUGAAGAAUAUAGGCUUCAUGAAAAAGCAAAUUGCAAAACAAAAGUCUUUAAAACAUUUAAAAGGAACUGAAAAUACGCUUAAAAAAUCGGAAAAUAAAAUUGAAACGAAGUUACCUCACGAGAAGCAGUUUAAGAAAAAAAUUCCUACAGUAGCUGAUCUGUUACAACUUCAAAGUUUUUUUCCAGACAUGCAUAAACCUGCGAAGGAGAGUGAAAAGCGUGUUUCUUCCUCCCCUGCAGCGAUGGAUACACCCUUUAAAAGAAAAAUAUUGAUAUCUUUACGUAAACACGCGAAUUUAAAUGCUGUAAAACAAUUUCGUAAAAACAAGAGCCCGCAUAUUGAGAAAGUCACACAUCCAAGCAUAAUAAAAACUAAAGUUUCGACAUUGUUACCAACAAUAUCGUCAAAGCAGCUUUCAUCGAAAGAGUUAUGGCAAAGUUACUACAACCAUUUACAACCACAACCCGCGAAAUUGUUGACGUUUCAAUCUGUUCUAAAACCAAGCUUGAAACCGCGUCUAAAGAAAUUGACCACCAACAGAGAAUAUAACAAAACGGUAACAGGGAGACCCAAAAUUGUAAAGUUGGCGGGAAAGUUAACAGAAAAAGAAAACGAUGCUAUAGCGCAGCACAAAAUAAAACUUUUUGAAGAUGCUUUAUCGUCUCUACGAAAUGAGUUGAAUAUAAAUGGCGAAAAAAUGUUUAAAAGAGUUCCUCUAAAAGAAGAAGUAUCAUCUGCGGAGAAUUUCCCAAUAAAACAAUCUUCAAGAAUUGAGAAUACAAGACAUAAACAUCGACCAGCACCGAGUAUGUUUGAUUUCAUAAACAAAACAAAUGAAUCCGACGAUGGAGAGCAAGACGAUCUUCAAUUUUCUCGUUUAAAUGACAGUAGAAUUACAAUACAACAGGCUCAACUUCCACAACAUGAAACAGUGAAGCUAUCUUCUCCACAAAAAGAACAAGAAAACGAAUUGAAGCGCGUGUUAGAGCAUUUUAAGACAAGCUCCAGCAAUGGGGCUCAUCAUAAGACUAUAUCUUUGAAACCUGAAGGCGGAUUGGAAGACGAUUGGAAACAUGCUAAUGACACUUUCAAGUCCUUUAAUCGUUUUAAAGCAACAAAAGAAAAUAAUAAUUAUGAAAAUAAAGUAAAUUUAAUCCAAUCAAAUAACUUGAAUUUAAACAAAAUCACAAGACAACCGAAUGAUCAACUAGAUAUGUUAAAAGACAAAACACAAAAUUUCACUGCAAGAAACAUUUUGUCAGAAGUCAAAAAUAUUGGCAAGCCAAAAUUUGAAAAAUCUUCGGAAGCUUGGAAACAUGCCAGCCACUACGGCAAAUCAUCGAUUGAACGAGCCGAAGAAGAAUUAAGAAAAUCUGAAGAAAGAUAUAAAAGUAUAAACGAUGCCAUUGCAGCGCUGAAACAAAAUGCCUAUCUUAGUAUUGUAGACCAACCCGAAAUAGACGAUCAUCAAGCACAUGAAAUAAAAACCAGCAAAUUUCAUAGUGGUCACUUAACAAGUAAACUUAGUAGCAAUGCUAUGCGCAUGUUACACGGAGCUGAAAGCAACGCAGAUGAAGAACCAGAUCAGGAUUCUACAAAAAACAUAGCUACGGCCAACAUGUUCUUAAAUACUGCAGAUAUGAAAAAUAAUGGGAAAAAUAAUGGGUUAUUAACGGAGAAAUCUGGCAUUCGUUGGAAAGAAUCGUCAGAAAAUAUUCACCAAACAGUGGUUAAACCUACUAAAUUUAUGGAAGCAGAAUUCGAUGUUAAUCCAAAUAGCAGAGUGGCCUCACCCACCAUGAAAGAACUUAAACGAAUGCAAAUUGCCUUCGAGAAAAAUCAUGUAUCUAAUAAGCAAAUAAAAAAAACUAUGGAGCGAAUGGAAAACAAAAUAAACAAUGUAAUAACCAAGUUGUCCAUCAUACCCAAAAGACCAGAUAGUAAAAUAAGUGACGAAUUGCAAAAACAAAUAACAAUCGAUAUAACAGGUGCUAAAGCAGUGGAACAUCAUACUAAAAAAUCUUUAGAACACAAACAUAAAAACACUACAACAGUGCAAAAAAAAUCUAGUGUUCGUCAUUUUCAUAAAGCAAAAUGGAAGAACCGAAAAAAUAAAAUAAUGAAGCGUAAACGAGGCGCUAAUUAUCGAAAGAAGAAGAAGAAGAAGAGGCAAAAGAAAAAUAAGAAAAAUAAGAAAGCAAAACAUCAUUCACAUCAGAAAAAACAUUAA